UAGAUAUUCAUUAGAUAAUUUUAAAAGUCAUUUAAAAACUGAUAUUUAUUCAAGAAGUUUCGUUUUUACUGCUAGAAUGGAGGACUUAGCUGCACCUGUCGAGGAAGAUUUCUUUACAACUCUGGUUCGGAAGCAUAUGCCCACUACACAACGUAUUAUGCAGAAGGCUAAGGGCUGCUUAAUCUACAAUGCCAAAACCGCUGAAUCGGUAUACUCCACUUAUCAUGACAAUACCGAGGAUCUGGCUAGCAAUGUUUGCGAUAUGUUGGUUUGUAUUGCGCGUAAUGCUGUCCGUGAAGUCAAUCCAAUUGAUGAGUUGCGCUUCCUUCGCAUUGCCACUAAAGACUACGAGUUUUUGAUUGCACCAACUGAUGAAUUUGUUAUUCUCGUUGAGCAACUUGAUCCCUCCAAACAACCAGUUGCAGCGACUCCAAAUGCUGGUAAGAAGAAAAAGCCCAAGUAGCAGUUUGGUAUUUCUGGUGAUGCCUCGUGUGCAGAUUGUGUUGUAUGUGUUAUACUGUAACUUAUAUCUUAUAUAAGUUAUAUUAACAUAAAUAUAUUUUGAUUAAAAAUAUGAA